GUAUAGUGAGGGUUUUGGCAAAAGCAGCUGCCGCUGAAGGAAGAAGAAGAAAGGAGAACAGAAGUUUUGAACUGUCAGUCGAGAAGAUGGAUCCCUUCUCUUCGUCGCAUACGAGCGGUGGGGGAGGGUCUUCUUCCCCUCCUUCCACUGAAGCUCUCAUGGACCAAGUCAAACAUCAGCUCGCCCAAGCUUACGCUGAGGAAUUCCUUGAGACGGUAAGGAGCAAGUGCUUCACGAAGUGCAUCACGAAGCCGGGCUCAAGCUUGAGUGGGAGUGAAAGCAGCUGCAUCUCUAGAUGUGUCGAACGCUAUAUUGAAGCUACUGGUAUUAUUAGCCGAGCACUUUUCAGUUCACCACGCUGAACCUCAACCCAAUUGGACAAUGCUACUUUUAAAGAUCUUGAGAAACUGCAGGUCGGAGAGAGGGCAUGAUGGGUUGUCAUCGUCGGCGUUCUGUAAUUUCCAUUUUUACAGUGCUACUCUUGACAUACUCUGGCCAGAAUUACAUGGUGGGCCACAUAGAAUUUUGUUUAUGAUAUCGAAUGCAUCAGCCAUAAUGAUCCACCUUCUUGAAUUAGGUGACAUUUCAUUGUCUUAAGAUGAGUGGUAAUUAUUUCAGAUUUUGACAACUGAUAUGCAUUUAUAUGCUAUUUUCACUUCUUCACAAUGAAUCAGAGCCGUUGUUUGGUGGUA